UUACCCUGUAGUGUUUCUCAACAGGAUGUGAUAAGUGUGAUGGAAGCCUUGGAGAAUAUAUUCCGACACUCUUUCAAAAAGGGAGAUAAAUCUGUCCCAAAUCACAGCCCUGAUGUAUGCCAUCUACAUGCAAGUGCUCUCACUGCCUGGGGACUUCUGCUGUCUAUAGCACCUCAAUGGGUCAUUGAUAAACUUGUUGUCAAAUAUUUAACAAAGCUGCCAGAUGUAUUAGAAAGUCAGGACGUUGAACUGCGUAUUGUUUCCGGGGAAACCAUUGCUUUGUUCUAUGAACUUGGUCGUGAAGAAGAUGAGGAAUUUGAAAAUGAAGCGAUGGUUGACCUGUGUGAAACUCUACGUAGACUAUCAACUGAGUCUCAUAAAUACUGGGCCAAACGGGACAGACGACAUCAGAAAUCUAGUUUUAGAGAUAUUCUUAGAGCUGUACAGGAAGGGGAAGCACCAGAAAUGACGGUAAAAUUUGCCUCGGAAUCUCUAGAAAUAUACUCGUGGGUGAAGAAAAUGCAAUACACAGCAUUCUGCCAUGCUCUUACCUCUGGAAUAAAUCAACAUUUAAAGUGGAAUCCUCUGGUUCGGGAAGUAUUUGGUCUUGGUAGUCCAUUGUUAAUGACCAGUGUUACCAGUAAUAAACCAACCAAAUGGGAAAGGACAAUGUUCAAUGCUGCUGCAUUUAAAGCCCGGACAAAAGCACGGGCCAAGUAUCGUGACAAGCGUUCCGUGACCAUGAAUGGAUCGGAGUGAAUUUAGCGCCUCUUUUUCCGUCUUCUGUUCAAAUCGUUGUGCAGACAAACAGUUAUAUUUAUUAUUUAUUUUUGUGUGCAGAUUGGUUGAAUUCAUUUGCGUACUGACUGUGUUUGUGUGGACUAAACAACUUUGUAUCAAAUACAAGUGUGAAUUAAGCACAAAAAUUAUUAUAUAUGCGAAGUGAUUGCUUCAGUGCUUUGGUUAGAUGUACAUUUAUUAUUUCUUUCUUUCCAUGACUGUUUUAGUUGCAUUUUCAAGGGAAUGCAGUUUUGUUAUUUUAGUCAAAUUUCAGUGAGACAAAACCAUUCAGAUUUAUAAAAUAAAAAAAAGAUAAUAAAAGAAUU